GUUUCCACUACAACAGGACUUUUAUUUUGAAACGUAACUCACACUGGCGGGAAACUUGUGUGUCAGCAGAAGAUCAUGUACAAUUCCGGAUUUGAGAAGUGUGUGUUUACGAAUAUCUAUGAGUAGUAUAAUUCUGUCAAUUCAUGUACACAGUCACUUGUUUCGUCUUGUCAACGAGAAGGGCAACAGAGCAGGACGAAUUGUGAUUUGUGUAUCCUGAAAGAAGAAACAGAUAAAGGAAUGGUUCAAAUAAUCAUCUCGAGUAAAGCUGGUGAAGGUCCAGCUGAAUGGCUCCUGGUGGAGCUGCAGGGAGAAAUGGUGUCCAGACAGAACACUGGACUUGCUGGAAAUCUAAUGGGAGACCUGCACUACACUAAAGAGGGUGUACCGGUCCUAAUAGUCGGACAUCACAUCCUCUAUGGCAAACAGGUCAAACUGGAGAAGCCCUUUGCUGUUCUGAUGAAGCACUCCGGACUCCCUCAGAAUGAAGACGACGCAAUGGAAACAAACCAAGAGAACCCAACAUUUUACACAGUUUCUGCCCUCAUCAAAAAGAAGCUAAUUUUUAAAACCCGACCCAAACCCAUCAUCACUAAUGUGCCAAAGAAGGUAUAACUUAUGUUCAGAUAUCAGAGACUGACUGAUCAGCACGGAAUUCUAGACUUGUAACAUUUAUAUUCACAUACGGUUGUUUUGAAUGGUGGAUUAGUAUCUUUGUACAUUGUCACGAAUGUGAACAAAUAUAAAUUCCAAGUAAUGUAAGUAAUAGGCCCAAAAAAGUAAAGAAAUGCUCAUUUUUUAAAA